UGAACAGCGAGCUAUGUAAUGCGCACGCUUCCGAUGCAACACAGCAAUAUAAUGUUUUCGAAUUAUCACAGAUGUGAAGCGUCCUGUCGAGGCUGCUGAAAGCUCUUGGAGCUUUGAUGCUUUGAUCGCGGGGGAGGGCGGCCGAACACACGUAUGCCAAGCACUUGCCGAUAGCGAUAGUAGCCAAGGCAGCGUGCUUGUCCAAUGUACGAACUCACUCAUUCCCUCACUCAUCCUCACUUGCGUGUCCGAGGUGUUUUGACGACAUCCAUAGCGCUCUGACAUGCUAUGAACCAGGGCUAUAAAUCAUACCAUCCUCAAGCAUGCAGUCGGUAAAGAGCUUCCUCUGGGGCCCGACUCCCGAGGAGCAGAAAAGAAAAUGUAAUACCCUGAUGCGCCAACAAACUCGCCAGCUCGAUCGCGAAAUUCAAAAGUUGAAGCAGCUGGAAGGCAAGACCAAGACCUUCAUCACCCAAGCCGCCAAACGUGCCCAGCGCAACCCUUCGCAAGCAAAACAGGCCGCCCAGGAAACCCGCACCUUCGCACGAGAGCUCAUAAGAGUGCGCAAGCAGAGCGCGAGGUUGGCUACCAGCCAGGCACAACUGCAAAGUGUAGGCAUGCAAAUCAACGAAGCCUUCUCGGUACGGAAGAUCGAGGGAAGCAUCAAAGCAAGUGUUGGAAUCAUGAAGGACGUCAACACUUUGGUGCGCCUACCCGAGUUGACUGGCACCAUGCGAGAAUUGAGUCAAGAGUUGAUGAAGGCGGGCAUUAUCGAGGAGAUGAUAGGUGACAGUCUGCCCGACAACGAACUGUUGGAAGAUGAGGAGGAAGAGGCAGAGAGCGAGGUCGACAAGGUGCUCAGCGAGGUGCUCAAGGACAAACUACCUACGAAUGCACAACCACUGGAUCUCCCUCCUGUCCAGGCGGCCGAACCCGAGGAGGAGGAAGACCAAGAGGAACUGCUUGCUCAGAUGAGAGGGCGCCUCGAGGCCCUGAAGAGUUAGAGAUGGACAGUCACUACACGGCGUUUGGGCGCGAUGGACGACAGGAACGGGUUUUGGUGUUCUCUUCUAAUUGCGCAUAUUCUCCGACCGAACCUAUUACCACAAUACUACGAUACCUUACUUCCAUGGGUGGUUUGUUUACAGUCAUGCAUGCUAAGAGACGAGAUGAAACCGAAGUGAGACUGCACUGAAAUCCGAGACACAAUUCGACCGAGACAAGACUUCAAUUCGACGACGACUCAAUAGUCAAAGUCGACUCGUUCCAUUGAGAGACAAUAACAGCUCGACUUGGUAUCGCAUGUUAAUAGCGAUGGGCCGGAUUAGGCUACGACGACGAAAGC